AGUCCCGAUCGUAACACCACCACUAGCGUGCUCACAUUUGUUCCCACAGUUGAGGAUGGUGGUAAAUACCUAUCGUGUCGAGGACAGCAACACCAAAUUCCAGACAGCGGUAUUGAGGACGGUUGGAAGCUCGACAUUUACCAUGUUCCCAUGGUGAAUUUGGAACUUGGAAGCACUCUUAAUGGAAGCACUAUAAAGGAGGGAGUAGACGUAUACUUUGAGUGUAAUAUAAAAUCAAACCCGUGGGUAUACAAGGUUACUUGGAGGCAUAACGGAAAACAACUGUACAACAACGCCCAAACCAAUACGAUUGUGAGCAACCAGAGUUUGGUUUUACAGUCCAUUACGAGAGCCCGUUCGGGACACUACACGUGUGUAGGUCACAAUCGAGAAGGCGACGGCGAAAGCAAUCCAAUUCAACUAGACGUCAAAUUUACCCCUGUAUGUAGGCCAGGACAGGCUAAAGUUUUCGGAGUUGCUAGGCAGGAAGUAGCCCGGAUACCCUGCGAGUUGGAAGGCAACCCAACCGACAUACAAUUCGUUUGGAAGUUUAAUAAUUCAGCUGGUACUUUGGACAUACCGCAAAGUCAAGUUUUCACGGAAAAAGCCCGAAGUGUUGUUUCCUACAAGCCCAUGACUGAGUAUGAUUACGGUAAACCGGACUCGCUGACGAACUGCACGAUCCUGAAUCAGACGGCCGAAUCGCUGCACGUUGAGUGCAUAGAGGGCUUCGACGGCGGCCUUCAGCAGGAGUUCAUCAUGGAGGUGUACGACACGCAAACGCGCAAACUGGUGAGCAACGUGACGUCCCGGAACCCGGUGUUCACGGUGGGCGGGCUCGAGUCCGGGCUGGGCUACGACGUGGGCCUCUACGCGGCCAACAAGAAGGGCCGAUCCGGGGUCUCGCACCUCGACGCCUUCACGCUCAAGUACUACCUUCGAGUGUAUUGCAAAGUUUCCCAAGUUCAGCGAGACUUUUAUUCGACCUAUCUAAUGCAAGUCUACGAAGCUAACUCGAGGGUGCUGAUCGGUACAGCCACCUCGCAAACUCCGGAAGACAUUACCAUUAGUAACCUGCCCAGCGGGUACGGCGACUUGCUUUUGUUUGUGCGCACCAUGGACUCAAAGUCCAUCACGAGCGACGCUAAUAUUAUUUACGCUCCUGCGGUACACUUUCAGACCGGGGGCGGCGAGCGAGACGACAAGGACUACGACGACGGCGGCCUCUCGUCGGCCGGUCGGCGGUGCGUGGCGGCCAACAGCGACAAGGCCAGCACCGAGCCACUGAACAAGGACCUCAACGACAGCGUGGACAGCCUGGAGGAGAAGAACCCGGACAUCAUCCCGCAGAACAGCGCCGAGGACGAGUACCAGGACGAAGAAAGGGCCUUCGAGCGCCUAAACAACGCUCCACUCCGGGUCUACAGCAGGAUGCAGAGCCCGAGCAGUCAGCCGAAGAACGGAUGCUACGAUUCUUACGGCAAAACGGUAAAUAUGCUUUGCAACUCGAUUUACCUGCUUGCUUACUCUUCACGGUGCUGUUCUGAGAGGUGA